GGCGCUUCGUUCUCCAGCUGCUUAUUUGGGUUUUCCGUUGCUCCUAAAGUGGUGCAGCAGUUGCACUCUGGCGCCUUCAUCCACGCCCGAAUGUAAGGGUGCCAGUUAAGGUGGAACUUAAAAAUUAGAUAAAGCAACUUUUCGCCUCCCUGCAGUCGUAAAUGUUUAACAGUGUGUCCAGCCUGCUUUAGCCUCAGUCAUGCUUAUAUAAGAGCGGAGCGUUUCCCCACAGCAGCCCCUGCCGUCGCCUCCGCUCACUCUCCACCUCUGCCUGGGAAAGGCGGUCGUUUCAACGUCUGUCGGCCGAGCUACGGUUGAACAAAAUGGCAUCGAAGUGCUCAGGAUGUGGACCGGGAUACAAAAGCCCUCUGGAUGCCAUGAAGGGGCCCCGAGAGGAGAUCGUUUACCUGCCCUGUAUUUACCGGAACACCGGAGUCAGAAAGCCUGACUAUCUUGCGACCGUUGAUGUCGAUCCCAAGUCUCCCACUUACUGCAAGGUGAUUCACAGGUUGCCCAUGCCCAACAUGAACGAUGAGCUGCACCACUCUGGCUGGAACGCCUGCAGCAGCUGUUAUGACGAUGCCUCCAAAAAGCGCAGUCGGCUCAUUUUACCUUCUCUCAUCUCCUCCCGCAUCUACGUUAUUGACGUGGAUACGGAUCCGCGAGCUCCUCGACUUCACAAGACUGUUGAGCCUGUGGAGAUGUAUUGGAAGUGUGGACUGGCCAAUCCUCACACAUCCCACUGCCUUGGCAGUGGGCAAGUUAUGAUUAGCACCCUUGGUGACCCCUCAGGAAAUGGCAAAGGUGGAUUUGUGUUGUUGGAUGGUGAGACCUUUGAAGUGCUUUGUAACUGGGAGUUACCUGGUGAAGCAGCUCCUUUUGGCUAUGAUUUCUGGUACCAACCACGCCACAACGUCAUGAUAAGCACAGAGUGGGGAGCACCCAAAAUACUUGCAAAUGGAUUUAAUCCUGCCGAUCUCAAAGAUGGUCACUAUGGCCAGUGCAUCCACGUGUGGGACUGGACCACUCACAAGCAUGUGCAGACUCUCGAUCUGGGAGAAGAGGGUGCCAUCCCUCUAGAGAUCCGCUUCCUGCACGACCCUGCUGCAGCUGAGGGCUAUGUGGGCUGUGCACUGCAGGGCACUGUGUUCCGCUUCUACAAGACUCCGAAGGGUGAUUGGGCUGCAGAGAGAGUCAUCAAGGUUCCCAGUAAAAAAGUAGAGGGUUGGAUUCUGCCUGAAAUGCCAAGUCUUAUCACUGACAUUAUAAUCUCAUUGGAUGAUCGCUUCCUGUACUUCAGCAAUUGGUUGCACGGUGACAUUCGGCAAUAUGAUAUCACUGACAGGAGGAAUCCACGUAUGGUGGGCCAGAUCUUUCUUGGAGGCAGCAUUCAAAAUGAUGGCCCUGUCAAAGUACUGGAUGACAAGGAACUGGACAGCCAGCCAUCUCCAAGGAUAGUGAAGGGCAAGCGUAUACCAGGGAGUCCACAGAUGCUGCAGCUGAGCUUGGAUGGGAAAAGACUCUAUGUAACCACUUCUUUGUACAGUGCAUGGGACAAGCAGUUCUAUCCUGAGCUCAUCAAACAAGGCUCAGUCAUGAUGCGCAUUGAUGUGGACACAGUGAAGGGUGGCUUGAAGCUUAAUGAGGACUUCUUGGUGGAUUUCGGAAAGGAGCCUGAUGGUCCUGUGCUUGCCCAUGAGAUCCGAUACCCUGGGGGCGACUGCACCUCUGACAUUUGGCUGUGAAACAACAGCUCACUCUUUUAUUAUUCAGGAAAUUCACAUGAAAUAUUAUUCCUAGUUAUGCUUCUCACUUAUUUCACAUAUGCGGUAUGUCCAAAAGUCUGCAGAAACAUGCUCAUCCAAUAUUUCUUUUGAAAUCAAGGGAGUUUGUUGCCGUAACAGCCUCUGCUUUUCGGUGAAGACUUCGUGCUAGAUAUAGUAACAUUGUUGUGAGAAUUUGAUUACAUACAACCACAAGAGCAGUAGUAAGGUCAGGCACUGAUGUUGGAUAAUUUAGAUGCCACUGAACUUUGAAUAUUGGAUGGACCUCCAUAGAAAAGCAAUUCCGCUGCUCCAUAUACCAACACUGGGGGGGGUUUAGACCACCUCUAGCUGACACUUGACACUAACUAUGGUGACCUUAAAUUCUUGUGCAGCUGCUCAGGAGCAUCUUAUUCUAUUGACUGUGCUAUUAUAUUGACAUUCCCUAAGCUUUUUGUGCAGUUGAACACCUGUAUCAACAAUGAGUGCACCUUUAAUGUAGCUAUAUUCAGUAAUUAUAGCAGAAUGUUCUGGACACUUUUGGACAUACUGUGUGUCUACUUCACUCAAUCAUGCUUUUGUCUUACUUCAGAUGUCUUUUUGAAUAUCAAUAUAUGUUUGCUGUAAUUCAUUAAUACACCAUUCUGUAGUUACCAGACACAAAUGAUAGACAUUUAAUAUUUUAUACGGUUAUGUGAAUGGGAGAAUGAAGUGUAUGCAUAAUAAUUACUUUUGUCAAAUAAAAAAACUGAUCUAUU